AGGGGCGGGAGAUCACGCGCUGCCCCUCCAGGACUAUAAAUACCCCCUCCCUUCCUUCAGCAGUCACUCCUGCCAACAGACGAGGAAGAGGAAGGUUUCGUUUCCCGGCAAACAAAAACAAAACGGUGAAGUAUGGCUCGUACCAAGCAGACCGCUCGUAAAUCCACCGGAGGAAAGGCGCCCAGGAAGCAGCUGGCCACCAAAGCUGCCAGGAAAAGCGCGCCAUCUACCGGCGGAGUAAAGAAGCCCCACAGAUACAGGCCUGGUACCGUCGCUCUGAGAGAGAUUCGUCGUUACCAGAAAUCCACUGAGCUGCUCAUCAGGAAGCUGCCAUUCCAGCGUCUGGUCAGAGAAAUUGCCCAGGAUUUCAAGACUGACCUGCGUUUCCAGAGUGCUGCAAUUGGUGCUCUGCAGGAGGCAAGUGAGGCAUACUUGGUCGGCCUUUUUGAGGACACCAACCUGUGCGCCAUCCACGCCAAGAGGGUCACCAUCAUGCCCAAGGAUAUCCAGCUGGCCAGGCGAAUCAGAGGAGAGCGUGCAUAAAUGUUGUGAUUUUAUCUUUUUAAUGGGGGGUGGGUGGGUCUGACUGGGGUUUGUUUUGUAAAUCUUGGAGACAUUACCAGCAUGUGUACCACAUUUUUUGUCAUUUGUAGUUUCUGGCAUGUGUUUCGUACUUCAUUCAGGUUCUACUUUCACUCUUGACUUUUUCCCUGACUGUCCUAAUCACUGUAGAAUAGAGCUUCAUUCAUGUAAAUGCUGAAAAACAUAUUCCACCGCCUUCCUCAGGUUUGCAAAUUUAUUUUAAGAUCUCUUUACUCCUGUGUGUGCAUGUCAUAGGAUUUCUCGUGCUGUAAAUAAACUUUCCGCUACCUCAAA